CGGUGUAAAAUACGUUCUAUGUUCUUUCGCAUUUCGUUCGUGUAUUUUUUUUUGUUCACCCGAAUAUUUCCAAAACAUUAGCAUUCUAUAAAGUUUGUGUUCCAAAACUUAUUACCUAAAUUUCCAUAAAAUUGUAAAGGCGAACGUGGUGUAAACUUAAGGUGGUGGUGUCAUCAUAAAUGUAACAAUAAUUCACAUUUAGUAAUAAUUACAUACGUUUAUUAAUAAUUGCUCAAUAAAAUGACUACUGCAGCGAGACCCACUUUUGACCCUGCCAGAGGUGGACAGGGGAGAGGUGAAAAGGAUCUUAGUGCUAUUUCUCGCCAAUACUCAAGCAGAGAUUUGCCUGGACACACAAAAUUGAAAUACAGAGAACCAGGCCAAGGCACAACAGACGAAUUGCGACAGAGAGACUUUCGUAAGGAACUCGAUGAAAGAGAGAAGGAUGUUAAAGCACCAGGUGCGAGGAGACAAAACGAGCCACCUGUAAAAAGAUUCAAAAUUGACCAAGUACCAGCCGCUAGCUUAGAUGCUGACGAUCCACUUGAAGGUGAUUCCUCAGAUUCUGAUGAUUCUGACGACGAUACUGCUGCAUUGUUGGCAGAGUUAAACAAAAUUAAAAAAGAAAGAGCAAUAGAACAGGCCAAAAAGGACGCUGAGAAGAAACAAGAAGAAGAAAGGAUAAGGAUGGAGAACAUACUCUCAGGCAAUCCUCUUCUCAAUUACUCAGCUGCGGGUCAGAAGAAUGAUUUAAAGGUUAAAAGGCGCUGGGAUGAUGAUGUGGUCUUCAAAAAUUGUGCUCGCUCAGAACCAGAAAAGAAGGCCAAUACAUUUAUCAAUGAUUCAUUGAGGUCUGGAUUCCACAAAAAAUUUAUGGAGAAGUAUGUAAAGUAAUUGUCUUAAAUUAGAAUACAGAAUACAAGUUAUACUAGAUAGUACUUGCAUCCUAGAAACACUAUGUACCUAGAUUUAAUUUUUAAUUAAGUAUUAUUUUUAUUAAUAAGUUAAAUUCCUCGAUUGUGGGAAAAACAGACAGAAUAGCUUUUCUAUUGUUAUCGCGGCCAUACGCGGCCGCUUGGGAAGCAUUAACCUUCGAGCGGGCGCGCGCUAAUUUGUAACGGCAGUGGUCGCGCGUAACCUAAAAGACGUCGUAGGUGAAUUUGGGAAACAAAACACUAUUCAUUUAACAUUAUUUAUUAUUUCGUAAAUUUAAUUACUUAUUACUCUUU